AUGUCUCUCACGCAGUCGGCCGCGACAGCUGUGCUGACAGCGGCGACGAUGAUGAUGGACGAGCCGGACGAUCCUGGCAAGCCGCAUGAACCGUGGUCCGAACAGACAAACCGCCAGCGGGACUUGUAUACACAACUGGUGAUCAGUUCUUUUCUCGGGCUUAGCGCAUUCUUCGCAUUUUGUAUUCUACGGCCAAAGUGGACUGAGUUGUACGCGGCUCGGAGACAGCAACGAUGUGCAGCCUCGCACCUACCUGAGCUUCCCGAUAGCUUUUUUGGAUGGAUACCCGUUCUAUAUAAGAUCACUGACGAGGAGGUGUUGCAUUCCGCUGGGUUGGAUGCAUACGUUUUCCUAUCGUUUUUCAAAUUCGCCGUCCAUUUCUUGUCGGCCGUCUUCGUUUUAUCCCUCGUUAUAAUCCUUCCGAUUCACUACAGAUACGCCCAUACCUUGGGGAUCCCUGGCUGGGACGACGACGAUGAUAAUACUCUGGGCGGAGGCAAGCAUAAGAAGCUCAUAUCCGAUCCGAAUUAUCUGUGGAUAUUCGAGAGUUCAUGGAAAGGCCUACAAGUUGGGAAGGUUGAGAGUGUCACCCUUUGCCGUGAUUGGAGGGAACUGGAUCGUCUGAUCGAUGAACGCCUGAAGAUAUUGCGCAAACUAGAGCGGGCUUGGACUAAGCACCUCGGGUACAAACGGCAAGAUAUUAGGGAGUACUCUCUACCCCGGACGAAUCUGCAACCUUCUGGGUCGAGUAUACUGUCUGAGGAGGACAGUGAACGGAUACAACUUCUCUCUACGAGCGCCCGAGACCAUGUGGCCGACUAUAAUGAGAAUCGACCGACGACCAGGCUGUGGUACGGACCAUUCAAGUUACGCUAUCGGAAUGUUGAUGCGAUAGACUACUACGAGGAAAAGCUACGACGGAUUGAUGAGAUGAUCCAGGCUGCUCGUAAGAAGGAGUACCCUCCCACCGAGCUGGCUUUCGUGACAAUGGAAUCUAUUCAUGCGUCCCAGAUGGUCGUUCAAGCAAUUCUUGACCCCCAUCCUAUGCAGCUCCUCGCUAGACUGGCGCCGGCCCCAGCUGAUGUUAUCUGGAAAAACACGUAUCUUCCCCGUUCAAGGCGGAUGAUGCAGUCUUGGUCCAUCACGGCUAUCAUUGGCUUUCUGACUAUCUUCUGGUCAGUGCUGCUGAUUCCGGUAGCAUAUCUUCUGGAACUCGAAACGCUGCACAAAGUGUUCCCUCAACUAGCUGAUGCUCUCUCCCGACACCCUCUUGCGAAAUCUCUUGUGCAAACCGGUCUUCCGACCUUGGUCCUCUCGUUGUUGACUGUUGCGGUGCCAUACUUGUACAACUGGCUCUCGAACUGUCAGGGAAUGACGUCGCGAGGUGAUAUCGAGCUCUCUGUCAUCUCGAAGAAUUUCUUCUUCACAUUCUUUAAUCUUUUCCUCGUGUUCACCGUCUUCGGAACUGCAACGACCUUCUACCAAUUCUGGGAGAAUCUUCGGGAUGCAUUCAAAGAUGCCACUACCAUCGCAUUUGCCCUGGCGAAGUCGCUGGAGAACUUCGCACCGUUCUACAUCAACCUCAUUAUCCUCCAGGGCCUAGGGUUGUUUCCCUUCCGUCUGCUGGAAUUCGGUAGCGUGGCGAUGUAUCCGAUCAACUUUCUAACUGCACGGACCCCCCGCGACUAUGCUGAAUUGUCUACCCCUCCCACCUUCAGUUAUGGAUAUUCCAUCCCUCAAACCAUCCUCAUCUUGAUCAUUUGUGUCGUGUAUAGCGUCUUUCCGAGCUCAUGGCUGAUUUGUCUUUUCGGUUUGGUCUACUUUACCAUUGGCAAACUCAUCUAUAAGUACCAAUUGCUAUACGCAAUGGAUCACCAGCAGCAUUCGACUGGGCGGGCUUGGCCCAUGAUUUGCAACCGAGUUCUGGUCGGAUUCAUCCUUUUCCAGCUUGCCAUGAUUGGAGUUCUGGCUCUUCGCAAAGCGAUUACCCGCUCCCUGAUCAUCGUGCCUCUCCUCGCAGCAACGGUCUGGUUCAGUUACUUCUUCCAGCGGAGCUAUGAGCCACUGACGAAAUUCAUUGCUUUGAAGAGCAUUGACCGAGACCGUCCGGGUGGCGGCGAUAUUUCACCCUCGCCGUCGUCCACCCUGUCCCCGCCUUCUGGCCUCGAACGUGAUGCGCUUCCAAUCCGAGUCGGUGGUCAGGAGUUGGGACUGAGGCUGAAAAAGUAUGUCAACCCAAGCCUGAUAUUGCCUCUUUCCGAUGCCUGGCUCCCCGGACGAAGUGUGAACCAUGGAGCGCCUGGGGCAUUGGAUUUCCACGAAACACCAAACGACAGUGCUGUUUAA